AUGGGGCGAUUAAAUGGUACCAAGCUGGGCGCUUUCCGAGCUUAUUUCCUCGGUUUCUUUAUCUGUCUCGCUGGGUUCCUAUUUGGAUAUGACACAGGAAUCGUGGGUGGAAUCCUCGAGUUCCCGUCCUAUAUGGAUGAUUUCGGCUACACCGAUGAAACAACCGUCGAUGCAGUGAUGGUCAGUCUGCAAAAUGUGGGCGCCUUCUUUGCUGCUCUCGCCAUCUUCCCCAUAUCCGAGCGCUUCGGCCGCAAGAAGACUAUCCAGACCUCCAUGGCCAUUUUCUGCGUUGGUGUCAUCUUGCAAGUGGUGCCGUCCCACUCAUUGGUCUGUUUCUAUAUCGGCCGUGUGGUCUCGGGCGUUGGCCUCGGUGGUGCGACCGCUGUCGUACCAACAUACAGUGCUGAGAUGGCACCCAAGGAGAUCCGCGGUAUGCUUGGUUCAGGUGUGCAGUGGCUUUUCGCCUUGGGUGUGAUGACGAGUUACUGGAUUGAUUACGCCGUUGAGCAGACCCUAGCGGGGCAGUCCAAGGAGUGGCAGAUUCCCGUUGGUCUGCAAUUGGUGCCUUCUUCCAUUCUGGCUUUGGGUCUCUUCACCCAGCCAGAGAGUUGCCGCUGGUUGGCAAAGAAGGGACGUAUGGAGGAGGCGUGGCAGAGCUUGGCUUGGAUGCGUGCAGACGACGGUCCCGCCGUCAAAGCCGAGUUCAACGAGAUUAAAAUCGCUCUCGCAGCCCUGAUGUUCUGCGGUCAGCAAUGCACCGGAAUGACAGCCCUAGCCUACUACGGCCCACAAUUCUUCAAGAUCAUCGUCGGCGACGACAGCAGCCGCUCCCUCCUCGUAACUGGCCUCUUUGGCGCUGAGAAAUUCGUCACCGUCGGUACCUACAUCCUCUUCUUCUCCGAAAUGUGGGGACGCAAGCCUACCCUCUGGAUUGGUAACCUUCUCAUGGCAUGCUGCUUCAUCACCGUAGUAGCCGUGAACAAAACGACCGAUUCUCUCGACGCAGAAGGAAACCCAUCCAGCGCAGGAAUCGCUACGGUCUUUAUGAUCUUCCUCAGCAACUCGAUCUACCAGUUCAGCUGGGGUCCUAUUCCCUGGCCCUACACGACCGAGAUCUUCCCCUCACGUAUCCGUGAGAUCGGAUCCUCGGUCGCCGUCUCAUCACAAUGGCUCUUCAAUUUCCUUUUCUCGCUUACGACACCUUAUAUGAUUAGUGCAUGGGGCACCUACACUUUCAUCUUCUAUGCUGGAUUAGAUAUCAUCAUGGCUAUCUCCGUUUUCCUUUUCGUCAAGGAAACUCGGGGUAAGUCACUUGAGGAGAUGGAGAGUAUCUUUCACAGUGCUGCUGCGUUUGAUGUGGAGAUUGCUCGGCAUGAGGGCCUGGCGAUCCAGGAUGAGAACUUAAGCGCGCUAGAGGUGCAUGAGAAUUUAAAGAGUCCGGAUACUAAGAAGAGUCAGGAUUCUUCGGAUUAA